AUGAAGAAAGACAACCAAUCUUGCGUGACUGAGAUAAUCUUCUUAGGGUUUUCCGAUUUCCAGGCUACGCGAGUCCCUCUUUUUUUGCUAAUAUUAAUAUUCUACUUGACCUCAUUAAUUGGGAACAGCCUGAUCGUGAUCCUUGCUUCCACGGAUCCAGCCCUUCACACCCCCAUGUACUUCUUUCUGCGGACUUUGUCCAUUUUAGAACUGGGCUACACUUUUACCAUUGUCCCUAAGACACUCGAGCAUUUACUGUCGGAGCAUCAAACUAUAUCCUUGGUGGGUUGUGGGGUUCAGAUGUACUUUUUCAUUCUUUUCGGCAUCACCGAGUGUUGCCUUCUGUCCGUCAUGGCCUAUGACCGCUACGUCGCCAUAUGCAAGCCCCUGCAGUAUUCUUGCAUCAUGGAUCCCAGGGGAUGUGUUCAAUUAGCCGUCAUCUCGUGGGCCGUUGGUAUUUUAGUGGCUUUCGGUCAGUCCAUUUCAAUAUUCACUCUUCCUUUCUGCGGGCCUAACAGAAUCAGCCAUUUCUUCUGCGAUCUUCUGCCCGUUCUGAGAUUAGCCACUGCAGACACCUUCAAGAACGAGGUAGCGGUCGCCACCGUCACAGUGAUCUUCAUCACGGUACCAUUUCUGCUCAUCCUGCUGUCCUACGUCCUCAUCAUAGCCGCCAUCCUCACGAUGCCUGGAGCCGAGAACUGGCGCAAAGGCUUCUCGACCUGCUCCUCGCAUCUCAUGGUCGUUUCUCUCUUUUACGGGACUGUCACGUUUACCUACAUUCGACCGAAGUCGAUCUACUCCCUGGACAGCGACAGGAUCCUUUCCCUCCUCUACACAGUGGCGAUUCCAGCUUUGAAUCCGAUCAUCUACAGCCUCAGGAAUAAAGAGAUAAAAGCUGCUUUCAUGAAAGUGGUAGGAAGGAGGAAAGGCUUGCUUAGACAAUAA